AGCCAAGAAUAAGAACAGAUAUGACCGAGUCGGGGGCGCCAGCCAGCAGCAAGAAGAAGAUCUUUAUGAUCGUCGGCGGUGUCGUCGUCGUCGCCGCUGUCGCCACGGUCGUUGCGGUCGUCGCGACCAAGAAGGACGAUGCGUCGACGUCGUCGGACAAGCCGAAUGGCAACGCGACCCCGUCGCCGGCCAAGAACGGCUCGUCGCCCGGCCUUUCUGGCUCGACGGUCUCGGACGCCGACUUGAUUCCCAAGACGAACGCGACCACGGUCAACCCGCUUUUGGCCAACCCGACGGCGGACCCGGAGACGAUGACGCCGACGUUCACGAUGCUCGCGGUCGGCGAUUGGGGCUCGACGCCGUACAAGAAGAGUGGGUCGGACGACAACCCGGGCAGUUGCUGCAAGAUGUACAAGUCCAAGACCAACCCGAGCGAAGCCCGGUACAAGGUCGACUUUUGGUCGCAGAGCUACGUGGCGACGCUCAUGGCGCAGUCGGCCAAGGAGCUCAAGCCCGUGCGCAUCAUUGGCCACGGCGACAACUUUUACUGGAACGGUCUCGGCGGCAGCAACGACGACAAGUUUCGGUUUGCGACCACCUUUGAAGACAUGUACUCGGACCCGGCGCUCAAGGGCAUCAAGUGGCUCAACGUGGUGGGCAACCACGACAUUGGCGGCGCCAUGUUCCUCUGCGGCGCCGAGAAGAACGAGUAUACAAAGUGCGGGAGUGCGGCCGAGGCUGUUGAGAACCUCAACCUGCGUUUCAAGUACCAGCAGCGCUACAAGUCGCCCGACAAUGACCGGUGGUUGCUCAAGGACCACUAUUACGUCGAUAGCUACACGGCCGGUGGCGUGACCGUCGACGUCUUCAACUUGGACACCAACUACGCUGACAACCACGGUGGCAUGCAGAUUUGCUGCCAGUGCUUUGGCUACACGCAGAACAACCCGGCGGCGCAGGCCAAGUGCGAAGACUCGCAGCCGGGUGACGAGUACUGCGCGGGCGGUGACAUGGGCAUGUACAAGGCGUGCAUUGACGAGAUCAACGGCUGGGGCAAGGACUCGAUCAAGCAGGCGACCCGGGACAUUGCCGCGUCCAAGGCGGACUUCAAGAUCAUCAACACACACUACUCGCCGCACCACCACAUGAGCCCGGACAAGCAGAAGGAGCUCUUCAAGCUCACAAAGGACACGAACGUCCAGCUCUUUAUGAACGGCCACACGCACGCCUUCUCGCAUGACACGUCGCUGUGGGGCACGCAUUUUAUUGAGAACGGCGGCGGCGGCGGCAUCUACACGAGCUCGGCCAACGCGCUCUCGAACGAUUUCGUCAAGAACGUCUGGGCCGGCGCUGGCUACCCGUAUGGCUUUUUUGAGCUCAGCUUCUCCAAGGACUGGCUCAAGGCGCAGUGGGUCACCUUUGACAAGACGUGGUCGUUUGCCGGCAACAACCUCGAGGGCACCAAGCGCGGUGGGCUCCAGCGUGGCCACUGCUGGUUCAUCCCGAGCUCGACGUACACGGCCAAGGGCGCGCCUGGUAUCGAGUGCAAGAGCUCGAUCAACGGUGCGAUCGGCGCCCCGAUCUCGUAAAUCUUCAUGAAGAAUUCUUUUUUGUAUU